AUGCACUCUGGCUGGUUUAAACUCGGGACUGUGGCCUUGUUUGCCACGGGCACGGCCGGCGCCUCGGACAAAUCCGCUCCCCUAGAUCUCGCCAGGCUCUUCAACAACAAGGCUUUCGGCCAAUCUCCUGGCGAGGCCGCGUUCGACGCUCUAAACCAGUCAUAUCAAGAUCCGGGGUUCGGCAGCACGACAUACGUCUCACAACAGACCGGGAUAGAGUACUCGUUCCCCGGCUACACCGGCCCCGGGGCCAAUGACAAUGUUAUCUGCGCAGGGCAGAAGAUCGACGUGUCGGGAGACCUGCCCUCCUUCUCUGUCUCUUUUUUAGUCGCCGGGGACCUCGAGCUUGCCAGCGUGUCCAAGAACGUCACCUUUGCGUACUCGGACGGCAGCACGUCGCUGUACGAGCUGCGUACGCUUUCGUGGUUCAACCUCCUAACAAUAAACCGGGGCGAGAUCGUGUUCCCCAACCGCUUCACUGCCAAAGGCGUUAACCACAACACGUCUCACAUCUUUGAGCGCACGGCGUCCCUUAGCCCAGGUAAACGCCUCACGUCCAUCACGCUACCCUCAACAACCAACACCAGCGAGAGCAGGCUGCACGUGUUCGCGAUAUCGCUCUACAAGGGCUCCGCCUUGAGUGUGCAGAGUGUGCGGCCUACGCAAAAAUGGUUCGGGAACGACACGCAAAUCGUCGAAGUUACAGUCAACAAUGCCGGUUCGGAGUGUAUUGCCGGCAAGGGGCUGUCCAUCACGCUUGAGGGAGGUAACUUCGUAACCACUCGCCCAGGUGCCAUCAGGCGGCUCUGCCCGGGCGAUCAAAUCAUGGCGACUGUGGGAAUCGGCAUGCUGUCGGGCACGACUGGGACAGCAAAGACAGAGGUAAAAGUGGUCAUCGAAAAUAGCCAAAACACGACUCUCUCGAGCACUUUCGGCGACAUCGAGGUGGGGUUGAUGGAGUGGACGGCCGACCUGUCGAGCUUGGAAAAGCACGAGGCGCCCGAGUGGUUCGACGACUCGAAAUUCGGCAUCUUCCUGCACUGGGGUCCAUACGCCGUCACGGGCUGGGGCAACUCCUCGCCGUACGAGUCGUACGCCGAGUGGUUCUGGUGGUACUCGACGAACCACCCGCAGGGCGACAGGUCCAACUUUUACGGCUACCGGCGCGACACGUUCGGCGAGGACUGGGCCUACGAUGACACCUUCGCCAAGUUCACGGCCGAGAAUUUCGACCCCAAGGCCAUGGUGGACCUCGUGGCCGACGCGGGCGCAAAGUACUUUGUGCUGACGAGCAAGCACCACGACGGCUUCGCCAUCUUUGACACGGGCGAGACCAGCAACCGGUCCUCGAUCCACCACGGGCCCCGGCGGGACCUGCUGGGCGAGCUCUUCAGCGCCGCGGCCGAGCACCACCCGGACAUGAAGCGCGGCGCCUACUUCUCGCUCCCGGAAUGGUUCAACCCGGACUUUGCGCGCUACGGCUUCGACCAGUUCGACAAGGCGCUCGUCCCCUCGACCGUCUCGUGGCCCGGCGGCCUGGCGCGGAACCCCUACACGGGCGCGCUAGAGCCGUACACGGGCCACGUGCCCGUGUCCGACUUCGUCGCCGACGUCAUGGUGCCGCAGAUGGACAUACUCGCGCACGGCUACGGCAUCGACAUCAUGUGGUGCGACUGCGGCGCGGCCAACGGCACGGCCGAGUUCGCGGCGCGCUGGUGGAACGCGGCGCGCGCCGCCAACCGGCAGGUCGCCAUCAACAGCCGGUGCGGGCUCGCGCGCGCCGCCGACUUUGACACGCCCGAGUACCAGACCUUCUCGUCGGCCCAGCGCCGCAAGUGGGAGAGCAACCGGGGCAUGGACCCGUACAGCUACGGCUACAACCGCGCCACCCGCGACGACGAGUACAUGAACGCCACGGCCAUCGUGCAUACCCUCGUCGAUAUUAUUAGUAAGAACGGUAACUUUCUGCUCAACAUCGGCCCCCGCGCCGACGGGACCAUCGUGCCGCGCGCCGCCGAGAACCUGCGCGAGGCGGGGUCGUGGAUCAAGCGCCACGGCGAGGCCGUGUACAACACGACGUACUGGUUCGUGCAGAGCCAGAUCGUGGCAGAGGGUGCGCCCGACGUGAGGUUCACGCACGGGAAGGACGCCUUUUACGUCUUCUUCCUUGAGCGGCCGCGGCCCGGCGCGGACGGGUUCGUACGCGUCCCGGCGGCGGUGCCGGCGCUUGCUGGGGACAGCAUCAGCCUGCUCGGCGUCGAGGGCGGGGAGAAACUUGACUUUAAGGUCGAGGACGGCUGGAGCGGGAAAUCGCUGAGCAUCAAGGUUGCUGAAGAUCUGCUUGCCAAGGAGGAUCUCUGCUGGGUGUUUAAGAUUGGGUAUUUAGCUUGA